AUGAGGCAAUCUGUGAUUGAAAAAAAAAAAGUCCUCAUUUGGGUGAAGCCUUCAGGGCGGGUCUGCACUUCUAAGUUGCAUCGAGGAAUCGGCACAUGGCCCUACUUUCCAUGGUCUUUGCUUCCCGGUGCAUCUUCAGCAAGAAACAUCACCCCCUUGGCCCGUGGAUCUCAAGGUAGUCGUGCAGCGACAGAUGGCCUGAAUCACAAGUCUGCCCGUGGUGCUCUGCUUCAUGCAAAGCAUUGCCGGGCAGUUGAAACCACCAAAACGUCUGAUAGUUUGAGACAGCAUACCGACUCGACUUGGCAACAAGUCGACCGUACGAUGAGCGACAUCAUCACCGAACAGCAGCCGGACCUUUCACUCCUCCCUGGAUCCCCAGGCCAGAAGCGGAAGCGAGACCCAGGCAGCCCCGGCUCUCAGCGAUCAAAGCGCGCCGCUCCUCCCGCCAACAUGUCUGUGGCUCCAGGUGAUACGGCAGCCUACAUCGAGAGCGCCAUCCAGGCCACCGAAGCCCAUGCCGCCAAUGGGGGCAUGAAUGUGGCCGAUUUCAAUGCCCUUCAGCAGGCUACCCAGGAGGGAAACGAAGUCUCAGAUCCUGCCUCAGCUACGAGCACAGCGCAGGCAGCGCUUGGCAUGUACCCGACGCUCCAUGUCCCACCCUCAACAGAGGAGCAGUUCGCCGCUCAAACCACUGCCGAUACCGGCGAGCAUCAUCACCACGAUGCGUCCGCAUUCAAUCCUCCCGAUGUUCCCCCGCCAGAUAGUCUGAUGGACGAUCAUACUGUCCAUCAGCCUCACCAGCCUCACCAGCCAGCACAGAAUGGGGUACAGCCUCCACCUGCGCCACGCUACGCGACCUCGCCAGCAACGUCAAACCCAAAGCCGACGGUCGGAUCAGAAGAGUGGCAUAAGAUGCGCAAAGAUAACCACAAAGAAGUCGAGCGUCGACGGAGGGAGACUAUCAAUGAGGGUAUAAAUGAACUGGCCAAGAUCGUCCCAGGGUGCGAGAAAAACAAGGGCUCGAUUCUCCAACGAGCUGUGAACUUCAUCCAACUGCUCAAGGAAAACGAGCAGCAGAAUCUUGAAAAGUGGACACUCGAGAAGCUGCUUACGGAGCAAGCCAUCACCGAGUUAAGUACUUCGAACGACAAGUUAAAGCAGGAAUGCGAACGCCUAUAUCGAGAGCUCGAGAUUUGGAAACGGGUGGCACAAAACGCGGGAUUGGAGCCUCCGCAACCUAAGGAGGAGAUAGGCGAAGCCGCAGCGCCAAGUUAG